ACCAUACACACUCUUAUUCGUACUCGUACACACUGUCAACAGGUGUUUCCCAAUACCGACUGUUCGAUUGCAGCCUCGUGACGGAAUUGAACCUUGGCACUCAUUUCGACGUUACUUAGAACAUAGACAUUUUAUUGAAAACCAAUUUCUGUGAAAAAGCACGCGUUUGUGGUUUCUUGCAUCCUAUUCCUUAAGCUAACAACAAACCUUAAUAAUAACCUUAAACGAGAUUUCUCUCAGUUCGGUGCUUUGUGAACGUGUGUUUUUAUUUUCAUAAUUUCUUAAGAGAAUGAACAAUAAUGUCGCUGGAAGACUGUUUCAAUCGUACUCAAUCGUAUGCAACAGUUGCUAUAUCAAAGGAAAAGAAUGCUGAGUAUCUUGAGGCUUUGGCAAUGUACAAAAAGGCGGAGAAUCUUAUCAAAGAAAACCCUGAAUUUCGUCAGUUCCACGAGUUUCCAGACAGUGUAGGAGACGUUGAUCGGUACUUUGUCGAAGCUUUGGAAUGUAUGCUGGAAGGGCUCUCGUCCCGUGUUGACUUUUUGAACGCCGAAAUUAUUCAGCAAAAACUAGCUCAUCAACGAUUGGAAGAGGAGCAUCAGGCUGCAAAGUCUCGAGAAUCGGUCUCCACUUCUAUCCAGCCAAAUUCACAACGUCCGCUGUCUCAGGACUCAGCAAGAAGUCGCUACUUGCACUCUUCUUCGGCUGCCGAUACAUCUCACCGUACAUACACUCGAUCCUCACCCUCGUCUCCAUCUCCUGAAGGACUAACACUGACUUCGCGUGGGUAUGUCCCACGUACCACAUUACGGCCUCGUUCAUCGUCUUCGUCCGAAAACCGUUCUCUGAGACCCACUUUCAACAGUACAAAACAUGGACAUUCGUCGAAGGAGAAACCAGCUGCUUUGUACUCCUCGCGUACUCUUGCACCGGAACGUCCACAGCGGAGCAAUGCAGGGCAAGCAGCCCUGCUUGCUUGGAAUGCGAUUGCGAAUUCCUUUCCUACUACAGCUCCGUCGACCCCGACAAUGUCGUCGCCGACAAAACGGUUGCAGGAGCCUGUUCGCGUUGUUCGACAACCGCCGCAUACAAUUGCGAAACCAAGCUUUGCAUCAAAGACGUUGGCGACACCCCAACGCAACCAAAACAAUCGUUCCCCAAGUCCAAAUUUCAUCAGGUCAUCACCUGUCGUAAAGCAAACAUUUACGAGAAAACUAACCGGAAACUGGCUACCUCCUGAUCCCGACCUUUCCCAAAUCAAACCGCGUUCGCCGGAGAAGUCAAUGCACAAACCCAAGACACCACCUCAAUACACAUCGGAGCCGUCGCAAAAUGUGUGGACGCCGGUAUCUGUCAGUCAUCCUCCCCCUCCACGCCGGCCGCCUCCGGUGAAAAUCGAUAUUCCCUUGACCGCUGAUGCGGAUUCUGAGCCCACAAAAGAGCAACCCGUGAAGCAAUUUCCUGUGGAUGGUGAAUCUGAGCAGGAAUUUCCUAACGCUAAUCCCACCCUUAGUCGACAGCUGCGUGCUUUGAAAGAAUGUCCUGACAUAGACCAAGAACUGGGUAUGACCAUUCUGAGAGAGAUUGUUGUGGAAGGUGACGAGGUGCACUGGGACGAUAUUGCAGGGCUUGAAGACGCAAAGUCAUCUUUGAAGGAGACUGUUGUAUAUCCUUUUCUACGACCUGAUUUGUUUCAGGGAUUGCGAGAACCUGCACGGGGAAUGUUGUUAUUUGGACCACCUGGUACAGGCAAAACAAUGUUGGCUCGUGCUGUUGCAACCGAAUCCAAGUCAACCUUUUUCUCCAUCUCUGCUUCUUCGCUUACAUCAAAAUUUUUGGGCGAGUCCGAGAAACUAGUUCGAGCCCUUUUCACGUUGGCGAAAAAACUAUCACCAAGCAUUAUUUUUGUGGAUGAAAUUGACUCCCUUCUUUCUGCUCGCAGUUCAGAUGGAAAUGAGCAUGAAACUUCAAGACGCAUUAAAACCGAAUUUUUAAUCCAGUGGUCCUCUUUAGCUAGUUCUACUGCACGAUCCUCUGACAAUAAGUCUCGUGUGCUAGUGCUUGCGGCCACGAAUCUCCCGUGGUGUAUUGAUGAAGCAGCUCGGCGACGCUUUGUGCGUCGAACAUACAUUCCUUUGCCGGAGCGCGAGACGCGCAAGUUGCAUUUGCUUAAACUACUUCGUUCGCAAAAACAUUGUCUUACGGAUGAGGAAGUGGAAGCCAUCGUCGAUGCUACGCAUAAUUACUCGGGUUCAGACUUAAUGGCACUUGCUAAAGACGCUGCCAUGGGUCCCUUACGAAGCUUGGGCGAAGAUUUGCUGGUGACUCGUAUGGAGUUUAUUCGGCCCAUAGACUAUACGGACUUUACUAAUAGUCUAAAGCUAAUUCGUCCAAGUGUGAACGCCGAGGGACUGCAGCGCUUCCAGCAGUGGAAUGAGGAGUUUGGUGCCAAGGGUUAAGCUUUGCCAGUGGGAAUAUGUUCUUAAAUGUAUUCCACAAACCGUAAAUCUACUGUUUCUUAUUUUGCCUCAUUCCCGACUGCUACUGUAUUACUAAAAGACACAUCCGUGAAUGUGUAUGUUAAUAAAUCAAACGCGGACAGAUAAUGAUCUUUGUAUAUGAACGACUGAAUGUUAAUAGAUCUCUAA